AUGGAAUCUGUUGGUCAUGAUGGUCUAAACAAGAUGCUGGAUGGCUUCGAAGACCGCACUGCCGAGGCUGUGUGCACAUUUGCCUUUUGCCGUGGUCCUGGUGUCGAGCCUAUUUUGUUCCAGGGACGAACGGUAGUAAGUAAUCUGGCCAAGAUGAGAGUCUCUCUGAGAAUCUUCGCAUCUAAUUUAAUAUUCAGGGAACGAUUGUGCAGCCACGAGGCCCGACCAACUUCGGUACGUAAACCCUCAUACUUCCAACGUUGA